CAUGGCCCUCGGGCCGCGGCCCCUGCGCCCAGCCCUGCGCGUAGCCUCCGUCUCUCGCCCGGGGCCGCCGAGCCCCCGACACGGGCGAGAUGCUGAACGGCGCAGGCCUGGACAAAGCUCUUAAGAUGUCCCUGCCGCGGAGGUCGAGGAUCCGCUCGUCCGUGGGACCUGUUCGUUCUUCUUUGGGCUAUAAGAAGGCAGAGGAUGAGAUGUCCCGGGCCACGUCUGUUGGAGACCAGCUGGAGGCACCCGCCCGCACCAUUUACCUCAACCAACCGCAUCUCAACAAAUUCCGCGACAACCAGAUCAGUACGGCCAAGUACAGCGUGUUGACAUUUCUACCUCGAUUCUUGUAUGAGCAGAUUAGAAGAGCUGCUAAUGCCUUCUUUCUCUUCAUUGCCUUAUUACAGCAAAUUCCAGAUGUAUCUCCAACAGGAAGAUAUACCACCCUGGUGCCAUUGAUCAUUAUUUUAACAAUUGCAGGCAUCAAAGAGAUUGUAGAAGAUUUUAAGCGACACAAGGCAGACAAUGCAGUUAACAAAAAGAAAACAAUAGUGUUAAGAAAUGGUAUGUGGCAUACCAUUAUGUGGAAAGAGGUGGCAGUGGGAGACAUUGUGAAGGUCGUCAAUGGGCAGUAUCUUCCAGCAGAUGUGGUCCUGCUGUCAUCCAGUGAACCUCAGGCAAUGUGUUAUGUUGAAACAGCUAAUCUGGAUGGGGAGACGAACCUUAAAAUACGUCAGGGUUUGAGUCACACUGCUGACAUGCAAACACGUGAAGUUCUGAUGAAGUUAUCUGGAACUAUAGAGUGUGAAGGGCCCAACCGCCACCUCUAUGACUUCACUGGAAACUUGAACUUAGAUGGGAAAAGCCUUGUUGCCCUUGGGCCUGACCAGAUCUUAUUAAGAGGUACACAGCUUAGAAAUACUCAGUGGGUCUUUGGCAUAGUUGUUUAUACUGGACACGACACCAAACUCAUGCAGAAUUCAACCAAAGCGCCUCUCAAGAGAUCAAAUGUUGAGAAGGUGACUAACGUGCAGAUCCUGGUGUUGUUUGGCAUCCUCUUGGUCAUGGCCUUGGUGAGCUCGGCGGGGGCCCUGUACUGGAACAGGUCUCAUGGUGAAAAGAACUGGUACAUCAAGAAGAUGGACACCACCUCAGAUAAUUUUGGAUACAACCUGCUGACGUUCAUCAUCUUAUACAACAAUCUUAUUCCCAUCAGUCUGUUGGUGACUCUUGAGGUUGUGAAGUAUACUCAAGCCCUUUUCAUAAACUGGGACACAGAUAUGUAUUAUAUAGGAAAUGACACUCCUGCCAUGGCCAGGACAUCAAACCUUAAUGAAGAGCUUGGGCAGGUGAAAUAUCUCUUUUCUGACAAGACUGGAACGCUUACAUGCAAUAUCAUGAACUUUAAGAAGUGCAGCAUUGCCGGAGUAACCUAUGGUCACUUCCCAGAAUUGGCAAGAGAGCCGUCUUCAGAUGACUUCUGUCGGAUGCCUCCUCCCUGUAGUGAUUCCUGUGACUUUGAUGACCCCAGGCUGUUGAAGAACAUUGAGGAUCGCCAUCCCACAGCCCCUUGCAUUCAGGAGUUCCUCACCCUUCUGGCCGUGUGCCACACGGUUGUUCCUGAGAAGGAUGGAGAUAACAUCAUCUACCAGGCCUCUUCCCCAGAUGAAGCUGCUUUGGUGAAAGGAGCUAAAAAGCUGGGCUUUGUCUUCACAGCCAGAACACCAUUCUCAGUCAUCAUAGAAGCGAUGGGACAGGAACAAACAUUCGGAAUCCUUAAUGUCCUGGAAUUUUCUAGUGACAGAAAAAGAAUGUCUGUAAUUGUUCGAACUCCUUCAGGACGACUUCGGCUUUACUGUAAAGGGGCUGAUAAUGUGAUUUUUGAGAGACUUUCAAAAGACUCAAAAUAUAUGGAGGAAACAUUAUGCCAUCUGGAAUACUUUGCCACGGAAGGCUUGCGGACUCUCUGUGUGGCUUAUGCUGAUCUCUCUGAGAAUGAGUAUGAGGAGUGGCUGAAAGUCUAUCAGGAAGCCAGCACCAUAUUGAAGGACAGAGCUCAACGGUUGGAAGAGUGUUACGAGAUCAUUGAGAAGAAUUUGCUGCUACUUGGAGCCACAGCCAUAGAAGAUCGCCUUCAAGCAGGAGUUCCAGAAACCAUCGCAACACUGUUGAAGGCAGAAAUUAAAAUAUGGGUGUUGACAGGAGACAAACAAGAAACUGCGAUUAAUAUAGGGUAUUCCUGCCGAUUGGUAUCGCAGAAUAUGGCCCUUAUCCUAUUGAAGGAGGACUCUUUGGAUGCCACAAGGGCAGCCAUUACUCAGCACUGCACUGACCUUGGGAAUUUGCUGGGCAAGGAAAAUGACGUGGCCCUCAUCAUCGAUGGCCACACCCUGAAGUACGCGCUCUCCUUCGAAGUCCGGAGGAGUUUCCUGGAUUUGGCACUCUCGUGCAAAGCGGUCAUAUGCUGCAGAGUGUCUCCUCUGCAGAAGUCUGAGAUAGUGGAUGUGGUGAAGAAGCGGGUGAAGGCCAUCACCCUCGCCAUCGGAGACGGCGCCAACGAUGUCGGGAUGAUCCAGACAGCCCACGUGGGUGUGGGAAUCAGUGGGAAUGAAGGCAUGCAGGCCACCAACAACUCGGAUUACGCCAUCGCACAGUUUUCCUACUUAGAGAAGCUUCUGUUGGUUCAUGGAGCCUGGAGCUACAACCGGGUGACCAAGUGCAUCUUGUACUGCUUCUAUAAGAACGUGGUCCUGUAUAUUAUUGAGCUUUGGUUCGCCUUUGUUAAUGGAUUUUCUGGGCAGAUUUUAUUUGAACGUUGGUGCAUCGGCCUGUACAAUGUGAUUUUCACCGCUUUGCCGCCCUUCACUCUGGGAAUCUUUGAGAGGUCUUGCACUCAGGAGAGCAUGCUCAGGUUUCCCCAGCUCUACAAAAUCACCCAGAAUGGCGAAGGCUUCAACACAAAGGUUUUCUGGGGUCACUGCAUCAACGCCUUGGUCCACUCCCUCAUCCUCUUCUGGUUUCCCAUGAAAGCUCUGGAGCAUGAUACUGUGUUGACAAGUGGUCAUGCUACCGACUAUUUAUUUGUUGGAAAUAUUGUUUACACAUAUGUUGUUGUUACUGUUUGUCUGAAAGCUGGUUUGGAGACCACAGCUUGGACUAAAUUCAGUCAUCUGGCUGUCUGGGGAAGCAUGCUGACCUGGCUGGUGUUUUUUGGCAUCUACUCGACCAUCUGGCCCACCAUUCCCAUUGCUCCAGAUAUGAGAGGACAGGCAACUAUGGUCCUGAGCUCCGCACACUUCUGGUUGGGAUUAUUUCUGGUUCCUACUGCCUGUUUGAUUGAAGAUGUGGCAUGGAGAGCAGCCAAGCACACCUGCAAAAAGACAUUGCUGGAGGAGGUGCAGGAGCUGGAAACCAAGUCUCGAGUCCUGGGAAAAGCGGUGCUGCGGGAUAGCAAUGGAAAGAGGCUGAACGAGCGCGACCGCCUGAUCAAGAGGCUGGGCCGGAAGACGCCCCCGACGCUGUUCCGGGGCAGCUCCCUGCAGCAGGGCGUCCCGCAUGGGUAUGCUUUUUCUCAAGAAGAACACGGAGCUGUGAGUCAGGAAGAAGUCAUCCGUGCUUAUGACACCACCAAAAAGAAAUCCAGGAAGAAAUAAGACAUGAAUUUUCCUGACUGAUCUUGGGAAAGAGAUUCAGUUUGUUGCACCCAGUGUUAACACAUCUUUGUCAGAAAAGACUGGCGUCAGCAGCCAAAACACCAGGAAACACAUUUCUGUGGCCUUAGCCAAGCAGUUUGUUAGUUACAUAUUCCCUCGCAAACCUGGAGUGCAGACCGCAGGGGAAGCUAUCUUUGCCCUCCCAACUCGUCUGCAGUGCUUAGCCUAACUUUUGUUUAUGUCGUUAUGAAGCAUUCAACUGUGCUCUGUGAGGUGUGAAAUUAAAAACAUUAUGUUUCACCAAUAUUUAAACAUCAGUACUAGUUGUCCUGGGAGAAAGGGAAAGGAGUUUUAUGUUGCGUGAGAGGCCCAUCCUGUGUAAUUGGAGCAGGACACACUUGCUUCCUGUUGAGUUAACUCACAGGUUAAGUCCAACGGGCCACAUGCAGACUUCACUGUAGGCAGGUUGCUCUCCUGCUUUGAUUCCUGUUUUGUGUGUAAAAUUGGCAUAAACUUCUUGAUUGCAGUGAAAUCACAAAAUUCUAUAUCGGGGUGGUCAACCUGAGAACAUUUAUUUGAACCUCUUAGCCACAUUUCCAGCAGGGCAAACCAACUGAUGCCCUGGCAGAGUCUUCCGCACCCUCUCCAGGUGCACUCGGCCCAGUCCUGCCGCCGUGUCCAGGCGCCCCUCACCCCCACACCUGCUGCAUGGCUGGCCACACCACUCAGUGCAUGGCGGCUGAUGGGCAGCCAACCCAAACCCGCGCCUUUCCUUGUUCCACUGCAGACUCAGAUACAGAUGCGAAAAAUUCUUUCUUCCACCGCCCUUCUCGUUCUGUAAAGAAAGAAAAGAAACAUAGCCUUUCUGCAUAUAUUCUAAACGUCUCUCUGCCUCUGUCUGACAUGGGGCCACCCCACAGGUCAGAGUGGUGGUAGAACCCCUUCAGGACUCCCAGCCGUGGUCAGGCUCUGAAUACUCCCUUCCCAACAUCCAGACUGCUGGGCCUUUGGCAUCCACUUACAUUAGAACCCAUGCUUGUUUCAGAGCACAUUUUGGACUUUCACUGUUGGGAAAUGAAUGAAUUUAUAACAUGCCUGCACAGCGAAGGAACACACCUGUCGCUCUUAGCUCUAGAGUCAGAGGAUGAGUAAACCCAGAUGCAAGAGUAUAGGACAUUGAGUGGGGAGAACAAGAUGACCACAGAAGUCCUCAGAAGGAGAAGGAAGGACACGGAGACACUGAGAGGAGGACACAGAGGAAUCGCCACCAGAUCGUUGCAGUAGAAACUCUGAAAUAAGCCUUGAGACCCAGACAAUUGUCAUGAUCAGCCCAGCGUGUAUGAGAGUUUAAACAAGACCUUCACACACAGUUCUAAUUGAAAAGAAUUCCAAACAUUUCAGGGAAACACCUUUUUAAAAAAUAUACUGACAUGGUUUCCUUUCUGUAUCCCAUCAGUGUUAGACACAGGUACCUAUCAGAAUAUGGCAUAUCCUGAAUUAUCUAAGACAAGGAAGUGAAGAACGGAAUCACUGACUUUCCCAACUGCAGAGUCCCACACUUAAAUCUCAACAGAACCUAGAUGUCUUCAGGCAUGAAUGUGAGCACCUGGAGCCCUUACUAAACAACCUGCCUGGAGCCCUGUUCUCUGCUCUGGUUGCCAAACCAGAUUUUUGGAUGGCCUAAAUACUUGUGGGCAACUGUUAACUGGUGAAAAAUGGGAGUUGAGAGCAUGUUUUGGAUUUUCACUGUGGGGAAAUGAAUGAAUUUAUCACAUGACUGUGCAGCGAAGGAGCACACCUGUCACUCUUAGCUCUAGAGUCAGAGGAUGAGUCAACCCUGUAGGGAUUGACUCAUCCUAAUUGUGCUAAGUUAGGAAAUAACACUUUAGUGCACUUUGCUUCCUAACCCUUUUUUGUCAGAAAUCUACAACUUACUGGGCAUGGAAAUAAUAAUUUAAAAUAUGAUUUGCAUUGAUUAAGAAAACUCAUCCUCACUUAUGAGGUGACCAGGAUGCAGAGAGGGCCUGAGGGGCAGCAGAACAAUGCAAUUCACAGGUGAGGCUCCAAAAAGGGCCAUUUCUUUCUCCCCAAGGUGCACAGAACAUUUUUAAAUAUCAGAGUACCCAGCAAGACGGAAGGACUGUCAUGCAGGAACUAUAACACAAAAUGUGCCUAUGACUAACACGACAAACCAAGGUGUAUGGUUUCUUUGCACACCCAGAAAGGUGAUGGCCAAAAUACAGAGGAGAAACGAAAACUGGAAUUGAAUGUGCAUUAGGCAUCUUAACUAUUCAUAGUUUGUUUCAUUUGGGAACUAAGCCUAUUUGGAAAGAGUGGAUUAGAAAUUGAAUUAUUUGUCAAACAGUUAGCUGUGUCUUGAACUUGAAGCCUUCCAAAUCAGAAUUAUGUAUUUAA